AUGGAGCAAUUCGCCACCGCUGCCACUGCUGCUGCCAAGGCCGCUGCUGCAAAAGCAGCUGGGAAAGCGGAUGUCAAGGCGGAUGGUGGUGCUAAUGGUGGUGAUAGUGGGGGUAGCUUGGCGCGCAGCAAAAGUGUGGUGCUGGUAAAGAAUCUGCCCUUCAAGGUGGAGGUUGGCGAGCUGGGGGUGAGGGCAGUGAGAGAGGGUUGUGAGGCGAGGUGGGAGGGAGGGGGGGGAGGGGGGGGGGAUUUGGGGGGGGGGGGGGGGGGGUCGGGGUUGGUGGAGAUGGCCGAUUCUGCUGAUGCCAAGAGGGCCUUCAAGGGCCUAGCUUAUAAGAAAUACCAGCAUGUUCCUCUGUACCUGGAAUGGGCACCAAAAGGAAUCCUCCUAGAACCCGCAACGCCAUCGAACGCGCCAACCACAACAGCAACAGCAACUUCUAGGGAAGCGGGUGGGGGGCCAGGAGAGGGAAGAGCAAGAGAAGAGAACGAGGGAGGCGAGAUGAAGAGUGUAAAGAAGCAGGGAGCAGUGGGGCUUUUGCCUGUGGUGAUGGAUGGGAAGGCGGCCAGGCGUGUGGCUGCUGAGGCGGAGACCGUGGGGGGAGUGGCAGGGAGAGAUGGGGGAGGAGAAGGAGGGGAAGGGCAUGCGGUGGAAGGGGAGGAGGAUGGGCAGGUGAGCCUAGCAAAAGGAGGAACAGAGGGGGGGGGGGGGGGGGGGGGGGGGGGGGGGGGGGGGGGGGGGGAGAGGGGGGAAGAGAGGGGGGGGAAGGGAGGGGUGGGGGUCUUGUGCUCAUAUAUGAAUGGAGAGAGCAGCUGA